UUCAUAUCGUAGUAUAUUUAUAUUGCUAGAUAAAAUAAUACAAUAGUUACAACGUUAUGGGACUUCGCGAAAAGGUUGCGUUGGCUCUGUUAGCAGUUAUUACCCUACAGAUAACAUGCACUCUAUCUAUGCCACGCAGUGUAAAAAAGAACGCUAUAAACCGUUUAAUUAGCAAUUGGAAAAAUAUCAACAACAAUCAUGCAUCAUCACCACUACCAAUUCAGAUAGUAAAAAAGUCCCAAACGGAUAAACUUGUAAAUUCCGAUAUCGAAGUACCAAAAGAUCGAUCUGUGUAUAAAGUAAUUCAUUUUCCCGAAGUCGAGUACCCGUCCUUUAAUUUUGCUGAAGGACAAACAUCCUGGAGGUAUAAUGAUAACACAGAACCUAUAUUUCCGUUUGAAAUACCUGAUGUAAAAAUAACUACGAAUGUAGACGACAUGAAAUUUUUGGAUAAGCUUAGAAAAGAAGCUAAGAAGAAGCGUCAAUUUGAUGCCAUAAAAAUCAAAGAGAAAGAAAAAAAUAUACAAAAAUCGGCAGAUAUUAUAACAGUCAACAUGUUGACGCCAGAACUCUUCAGCAACAUAUAUGCAUUUCCAGAAGUCGAAUACCCACUUACUGCAAGCGAAACAUGGAAACCGAAUUAUUGGGUACACUACACAUAUCCAUUAAACGACGAGCCAAUUAAAUUAUUAGAACCAAUACGAUCUCUACCAAAAGUUGUACAGCAAGAUGAAAAUACUUGUACUAAAGCACCAAACAAUACCACAAUUGGUAAAUCCCAAAGGAAAGAAUCAAAGAUACCUUCAAAAAAUAGCUCCCAGUUAAACACAACGAGGGAUUUUACUCCUCAGGCGAAAACUCACAAACAGACAAACAAAAAUCGUAAUUUAAAUGUUACCAAAAGUAAUGCUAAUAAAUCUCAAUCACGUAAAAAAGUUCGCAUGAAUUCAAAGAGUUCCAAUAUGUCUUCUGCUGAAAUCAAUAAAGAAACAAACCAUACAGAAAAUAUAACUCCAUUGGUCGAUGAUGAUGUAUGCUUAAUGGACAACACAACAGAAUUUGACUCUAAAAACGUCAUACUAGACUCUUUAUAUUCAAAUUUAUAUCCGCCUAUACCAUACCAGAAUAUUUACAACGUAUCAGAAUACCCAGUAGUGGAGUAUUAUGAUAUCGCGUCGUUAAAAGAUGAUGUACAGAAAAAAUCUCACGGGUAUGUCAACAUAGAAAAAAAUGAACAUAAUUUUUCUAGUCCAGUAACAAUUGUAGUAAUACCCUUUGAAAGCUCCUCAAUAAACCUUGACAAUUUAAUCAAAAGUAUUUGUGGAAAUUCUGUACAUGGAGCCCAAAAAAGUAACAAAUCAGUCCCAAUCGAUUUUAUAGAAGAAUUGUCUAGAAGAAAUACGCCAAUUUCGAUUAAUCCAAUGUUUAAUUUGUCUACUGAUGAUCUGCCGACCAAGUUACUACAAGGCCCAGACGCAACCACAUUAAACUCUACCGGAGAAAUUUCAAUUGAGACAAUGCCUAUCACAAAUGAUCAAAAUUUGAACUCGCCAACUGAACGACUACAGACUGAAGUUAUAACAGAAGUGACAAAUUCAACAUCAAGUAUACUAAACAGAGGACUAGCAAUAAAUGCAACGCCAGUCACAGUCGAUCCAAGAUCGAACAUACUAACCGAAAGAAUACUGACUGAGGCAAUGCCAGCCGCGAUUGAUCCGACAUCAAGUUUAGUAACUUACGAAUUUCCCGCUGGGGUAAUAAUAGUCCCGACAGAUAAAACAAUAACUUUGCCACCCAAAGAGCUAUCAAUUGAGACAAUGCCAGCCAUGAUUAACCCAAUAUCAAGGGUGCCAACUAGAGAGCUACCAACUGAGGCAAAGGCGAAUACAAUUAAUUCAACAUUAAGCUUGCCACCUACCGGACUGUUGGCUAGGGAAAUGAAAGUACCGAUUGAUCCAACAAUUUCGCCCCCGGGCGAAUUAUUGACUAAGUCAAUGCCAGUCACAACUGAUCCCACAUCAAUCAUCUCCACUAAAGAACUACCGACAGAACCAUCCUCCGCCAAAAAUGGUCCGACAUCAAGCGUGCUAAUCGAAGAACUGUCGACUGAGUCUAUGCCAUUCACGAUUAAUCCAACAUCAAAUAUUCUAUCCGGCGAACCGUCGACAGAAUCAAUGCCAUCGGCAAUUAAUCUAACAUUAAACAUACCAACUGGCGAACUGUUAACCGAGUCUAUGCCAUUCACGAUUAAUCCAACAUCAAAUAUUCUAUCCGGCAAACCGUCGACUGAAUCAAUGCCAUCGGCAAUUAAUCCAACAUUAAACAUACCAUCUGGCGAACUGUCGACCGAGUCUAUGCCAUUCACGAUUAAUCCAACAUCAAAUAUUCUAUCCGGCGAACCGUCGACUGAAUCAAUGCCAUCGGCGAUUAAUCUAACAUUAAACAUACCAUCUGGCGAAUUGUUAACCGAGUCUAUGCCAUUCACGAUUAAUCCAACAUCAAAUAUUCUAUCCGGCGAACCGUCGACGGAAUCAAUGCCAUCGGCGAUUAAUCCAACAUUAAACAUACCAUCUGGCGAACUGUCGACCGAGUCUAUGCCAUUCAUGAUUAAUCCAACAUCAAAUAUUCUAUCCCGCGAACCGUCGACUGAAUCAAUGCCAUCGACGAUUAAUCUAACAUUAAACAUACCAUCUGGCGAACUGUCGACCGAGUCUAUGCCAUUCACGAUUAAUCCAACAUCAAAUAUUCUAUCCGGCGAACCGUCGACUGAAUCAAUGCCAUCGACGAUUAAUCUAACAUUAAACAUACCAUCUGGCGAACUGUUAACCGAGUCUAUGCCAUUCACGAUUAAUCCAACAUCAAAUAUUCUAUACGGCGAAUCGUCGACUGAAUCAAUGCCAGCCAUAAUUGAUCUUACAUCAAGCGUGUCCCCCAAAGACCAACCUGUUAAGUCAUCCCCCGCCAAAAUCGAUCCUAUAACAAGCGUACUUACCGAUGUACAACCAAAAGGUGUCAUAUCUGACACGAUUGAUCCAAUAUCCAGCUUACCAUCUGACGGAUUGCCGACUGACGCAAUUCCAGCCACAUUCAACCCAACAUCAAGCGUACCUUCUGACGGAAGGCCAAUGAAAAUUCCAAUCGAUCCAACAAUAACCUCGCUUGCCGGAGAACUGCCGACUGAAACAACAUCCACCAAGAUUAAUCCAAUAACAACCUUGCCAGAUAAAGGGCUGCCGACUGAGGCAAUGCCAGCCACAACUGAUCCUAGAUCAAGCGUGCUCAUCAGAGAAAUACCUACAGAGCCAUUCUCCAGUAAAAUCGAUCCAAUAUCAAGCGUGCUAACCGACGUCCUACCAACUGGGGCAAUAUCUACUACGACUGAUCUAAUAUCAACUGCAAUCGAUCCAUCAUUAAGCAUGAUACCUGGCAGAUGGCCCAUGCAAGUCCCGAUUGAUCCAAAAACAAGUCUACCAGCUAGAGAAUUACCUACUGAGACAAUGCCAGUCGCGAUUUAUCCAACAUCAAGUAUGUCAUCUGAUGAAUUGUCGACUAAGUCAAAGCCGGCCAUAAUCAACCCAACAUUAGGCGUGCCAACCGAUGCAUUACUAACUGGAGCAAUGACUACCACGAUUGAACCAAUAUCAAGCUUGCCAACUAGAGAAUUGCCGUUUGAGUCAAUGCCAGCCACAAUCAAUCCAACAUCAAGCGUUCCAGCGAGAGGACUACCAACUGACGCCAUACCAAUCACAUUCGAUCCAAUAUUAAAAUUGCCAGAUAAAAGAUUUCCGACUGGUGCAAUAUCAAUGACAAUCGACCCAACAUCAAACAUGGGAACUGGAGCAUUACUAAUUGGGGCAAAGCCAACCGUGAUUGAUCCAUUAUCAAGUACACCAAUCGGAGAACUGCCGUCUGAAGUAGCGAUGAUUAUUUCAACACCAGGUGUGCGAAAUCAAGGAUUGCAUUUAGAUUCAAUAUCAAUAAAAUAUAAUACGACUUCGUGUUCACUUGGCGAAGGACCGUUGACUGAAACAAAAUCAGUCCCGAUAGAUCCAAUAUUAAACAUGCUGCCUGAGGUAAAAUCUAUCCUGAAUCAGCCAAUUUCAAGCAUGCCAACCGAGGCAUUGCCGACUGAUAUGAUGUUAGUCCCAAUAGAUCGAACAUCAAGUUUAUUUAUUAAAGGGCCGAUGCAGCGGCUAGGUACGAUUGUAGACCUCAACAAUCCAGCAUCAAGCUUUCCUAACAACGGGUUACCAACCGAGACAAUCAUCAGUCUGAUUGAUCCAACAACAAUGUUGCCUUCCUGGACAACAUUGUUUGAUGCAAAGCCAGUACGAUUAAACUCAACGUCGGCUUUGCCUACUGGAGACCUACUAACUGAUGAAAUCCUAUUUUCACAUAUUCCAACAUCGAGCUUACCUACCGAUGGACUCUCGACGGGAGCAAUAUUAGACACGAUUAAUGAAAUAUCUAGUUUGUGUACUAAAGAGGUGCCGACUGAUGGACAACUAAUCCCAGUAUAUACAACAUUGACCAGUCAUCUAGAUAUACCAAUGAAAACAGUACCAAACCAGAAUGAUUCGACAAUGUAUUUACUUAAUGAAGGUCUACCAAGUGAUGCGAUUCUAGUCCCAACAAAUCUAACUUCUACUUUGCCUAACGGAGUACUGCCAAUGGAUAAAAUGUCAGUACCAAUGGAUCCUACGUUGAUCUUACUAACUGGAGUAUUGCUGGCUGAAACAAUGCCGGUACUCCUGGAUGCCGAAUCUUGCUCACCCAAUGACGAAAUACAAGUCCUUAUAAAUUCAACAACGAAUUCACCUACAGGAGAAAUGCCAUCCGAAGCACUGCCAGUCCCGGUUGAUUUAAACCCGAGCUUACUCGCAAAAGGAAUGCUAUUCCCGAUUGAUCUAAUACCGGGGUUGCAUAGAGGAGGACUACCGGCCAAUUCAUUUCCGGUUCCCAUCGAUUCACCAGCGAGUUUACCCAUUGAAGGAAUGCCAGCACUGAUUGAUUCACCACCAAGUUUGCCAAGAAGACUUCCAAUCGAAGCAUUACAAGUUCCCAUUGAUUCAACACCAAGCUUGCCGAAUGGGGGGCUGCCAGCCACGAUUGAUUUAAAACCGAACUUGCCGACCGAAGCAAUGACAGUCCCGAUUGAUUCAACACCGACCUUGCCUACCGAAGGAAUGCUGACUGAAGGAACACCAAUCCCGAAUAAUCUAACACUGAUUCUGCCUACAGAAGGAAUGCCGACCGGAGGAACACCAGUCCCGAAUAAUCUAACACCGACCUUGCCUACAGAAGGAAUGCCGACCGAAGGAAUGCUAGUUCCGAAUAAUCUAACACCAACCUUGCCUACGGGAGGCAAGCCGAUCGAAGUAAUUUCAGUCCCAAUCAAUUCUACACCGAAUUUACCCGACGGAGUGCUGCCAGCCAAAAUAAUGCCAGAUCCGAAUGAUUUGACACCGACCUUGCCUACAGAAGGAAUGCCGACCGGAGGAAUGCCAGUCCCGAAUAACGUAACACCGACCUUGCCUACAGAAGAAAUGCCGAGCGGAGGAAUGUUAGUCCCGUAUAAUCUCACACCGAACUUGCCUACAGAAGAAAUGCCGACCGGAGGAAUGUCAGUCUCGAACAAUCUAAAAGAAAUGCCGACCGGAGGAAUGCCGAUCCCGAAAACUCCGACCUUGCCUACAGAAGGAAUGCUGACUGAAAGAACACCAGUCCCGAAUAAUCUAACACCAACUCUACCUACAGAAGGAAUGUCGACCGGAGGAACACCAGUCCCUAAUAAUCUAACACCGACCUUGCCUACAGAAGGAAUGUCGACCGGAGGAACACCAGUCCCGAAUAAUCUAACACCAACCUUGCCUAAAGAAGGAAUGCUGACCGGAGGAAUGCCAGUGCCGAAUAAUCUAACACCUACUUUGCCUACAGAAGGAAUGCCGACUGGAGGAACUCCAGUUCCGAAUAAUCUAACACCGACUUUGCCUACAGAAGGAAUGCUAGUUCCGAAUAAUCUAACACCAACCUUGCCUACGGGAGGCAAGCCGAUGGAAGUAAUUUCAGUCUCAAUCAAUUCUACACCGAAUUUAUCCGACGGAGUGCUGCCAGCCGAUAUAAUGCCGGAUCCGAUUGAUUUAACACCGAUCUUGCCUACAGAAGAAAUGCCGACCGGAGGAAUGUCAGUCCCAUAUAAUCGCACACCGAACUUUUCUACAAAAGAAAUACCGACCGGAGGAAUGCCAGUCCCGAACAAUCUAACACCGACCUUGUCUACGGAAGAAAUGCCGACUGGAGGAAUGCCGGUCUCGAAUACUCUAACACCGACCUUGUCUACAGAAGAAAUGCCGACCGGAGGAAUGUCAGUCCCGUAUAAUCUCACACCGAACUUGCCUACAGAAGAAAUGCCGACCGGAGGAAUGUCAGUCCCGAACAGUCCAACACCGACCUUGUCUACAGAAGAAAUGCCGACUGGAGGAAUGCCGGUCUCGAAUACUCUAACACCGACCUUGUCUACAGAAGGAAUGUCGACCGGAGGAACACCAGUCCCGAAUAAUCUAACACCAACCUUGCCUAAAGAAGGAAUGCUGACUGGAGGAAUGUCAGUCCCGAACAGUCCAACACCGAUCUUGUCUACAGAAGAAAUGUCGACCGGAGGAACACCAGUCCCGAAUAAUCUAACACCAACCUUGCCUAAAGAAGGAAUGCUGACUGGAGGAAUGCCAAUGCGGAAUAAUCUAACACCGACUUUACCUACAGAAGGAAUGCCGACCGAAGAAAUGCUAGUUCCGAAUAAUCUAACACCAACCUUGCCUACGGGAGGCAAGCCGAUGGAAGUAAUUUCAGUCCCAAUCAAUUCUAAACCGAAUUUAUCCGACGGAGUGCUGCCAGCCGAUAUAAUGCCAGAUCCGAUUGAUUUAACACCGAUCUUGCGUACAGAAGGAAUGCCGACCGGAGGAAUGCCAGUCCCGAAUAACCUAACACCGACCUUGCCUACAGAAGAAAUGCCGAGCAGAGGAAUGUUAGUCCCGUAUAACCUAACACCGACCUUGCCUACAGAAGAAAUGCCGAGCGGAGGAAUGUUAGUCCCGAACAAUCUAACACCGACCUUGUCUACAGAAGAAAUGCCGACCGGAGGAAUGUCAGUCCCGUAUAAUCUCACACCGAACUUGCCUACAGAAGAAAUGCCGACCGGAGGAAUGUCAAUCCCGAACAAUCUAACACCGACCUUGUCUACAGAAGAAAUGCCAACUGGAGGAAUGCCGGUCUCGAAUACUCUAACACCGACCUUGUCUACAGAAGGAAUGCCGACCGGAGGAAUGUCAGUCCCGAACAAUCUAACAGAAAUGCCGACCGGAGGAAUGCCGGUCCCGAAUACUCUAACACCGACCUUGCCUACAGAAAGAAUGCCGACCGGAGGAAUGCCAGUCCCGAAUAACCUAACAUCGACCUUGCCUACAGAAGAAAUGCCGACCGGAGGAAUGUCAGUCCCGUAUAAUCUCACACCGAAGUUGCCUACAGAAGGAAUGCCGACCGGAGGAAUGUCAGUACCGAACAAUCUAACAGAAAUGCCGACCGGAGGAAUGCCGGUCCCGAAUACUCUAACACCGACCUUGCCUACAGAAGAAAUGCCGACCGGAGGAAUGUCAGUCCCGAACAGUCCAACACCGACCUUGUCUACAGAAGAAAUGCCGACUGGAGGAAUGCCGGUCUCGAAUACUCUAACACCGACCUUGUCUACAGAAGGAAUGUCGACCGGAGGAACACCAGUCCCGAAUAAUCUAACACCAACCUUGCCUAAAGAAGGAAUGCUGACUGGAGGAAUGUCAGUCCCGAACAGUCCAACACCGACCUUGUCUACAGAAGAAAUGUCGACCGGAGGAAUGUCAAUCCCGUAUAAUCUCACAUCGAAGUUUUCUACAAAAGAAAUAACGACCGGAGGAAUGCCAGUCCCGAACAAUCUAACACCGACCUUGUCUACAGAAGAAAUGCCGACUGGAGGAAUGCCGGUCUCGAAUACUCUAACACCGACCUUGUCUACAGAAGGAAUGCCGACCGGAGGAAUGUCAGUCCCGAACAAUCUAACAGAAAUGCCGACCGAAGGAAUGCCGGUCCCGAAUACUCUAACACCGACCUUGCCUACAGAAAGAAUGCCGACCGGAGGAAUGCCAGUCCCGAAUAACCUAACAUCGACCUUGCCUACAGAAGAAAUGCCGACCGGAGGUAUGUCAGUCCCGUAUAAUCUCACACCGAAGUUGCCUACAGAAGGAAUGCCGACCGGAGGAAUAUCAGUCCCGAACAAUCUACCAGAAAUGCCGACCGGAGGAAUGCCGGUCCCGAAUACUCUAACACCGACCUUGCCUACAGAAAGAAUGCCGACUGGAGGAAUGCCAGUCCCGAAUAACCUAACAUCGACCUUGCCUACAGAAGAAAUGCCGACCGGAGGAAUGUCAGUCCCGUAUAAUCUCACACCGAACUUGCCUACAGAAGAAAUACCGACCGGAGGAAUGCCAGUCCCGAACAAUCUAACACCGACCUUGUCUACAGAAGAAAUGCCGACCGGAGGAAUCUCAGUCCCGUAUAAUCUCACACCGAACUUGCCUACAGAAGGAAUGCCGACCGGAAGAAUGUCAGUCCCGAACAAUCUAACACCGACCUUGCCUACAGAAGGAAUGUCGACCGGAGGAACACCAGUCCCUAAUAAUCUAACACCGACCUUGCCUACAGAAGGAAUGUCGACCGGAGGAAUGUCAGUCCCGAAUAAUUUAACAUCAAAUAUGCCAACUAAAGAUCUAUCAGAAAAGUAUUCAACAAAAACACAACCAGUGUCACUAGAGAAAGAGUUGGCAGAUAUACCGAUUGAGGAAGAAUUACUACCAGUACAUUCGACAGCUACAGCUCAUACAGACCUAAUUGAGAGAAAACAAUUACAACUUAACAGACCCACUAAAAUUAACACGCCUGCUGAAGCCAAACCAGACAUUGAUAACACAGGUAAGAGUGAUAAAGAUUUGCUAUUAUUAGAUAAAAACACCUUAUUUAGCCAAACACCUGUAACUUGUAUUCCUAUGCAUAAAAAUGUUAACAAACACUUGAAAAAAAAUGACGCAUUCCUAGAUGACACGAGGCUUUUACUUUCUAAUAAAACUGACAAAUCAUUGUUUCCAGUCGACGAACAAUCGUUGCAGAAAGAACUUUUCAAAAAAUAUUUAAAUACAAAUGAGGCUUUUACGUACACAGACGUAUAUAAUAGUGGAGACAUACUACCAGUAAACAUAGCGCCAGAUGUAACGGCCUAUACAUCGAUGCCUUUUGAAACGACAGACAUUUGUACAGACUUGGCCGAUAAUGACGCAUUACAAUUAUAUACUAUUGAUGACAGAGACAUAUCAUCACACAAAGAACAUUUCCUAGAGGAGUACGCAGCAGGCUUGUUGAGUGUAACAGAUCUAACUGAUUAUACAGAGAUGCCUUUUCUUACCUGAGACGUGCAGUCUGAAUAGGAAUAAAAUUGGCUGUCAGUGACAUACUUAGUGAUAAACUAUUACAAUUUUUACAGAUUAACAAAUGAAGGAAGUAGUCAUCAACAGCUAGUGGUCAUUAAAUAAACACAUAGUUCGCAGACAUUGGAAGAAAAAUAGUAUUUGAUCCAAUGAUCCGCCUAUCCGCCUACGUCAUCUAUAAAAACAUAUUAAUACUUUGGGGUAAAGUGUCGCAAAAACUGCUUCAUACUGCCAUAACAAUUGUACAAAUAAAUAACGUUGUAAUGUGUGUAAAUAUCAGAAACAAGUAAAAAGUAAUACCGUGUUAAUUCUACAAAUUAAAUCCUUGUUCAUUUUAAACAUGUUGAACGUCACGUACUGCACUUUUAUUAUUGCUUAUCCUUUGUCUUCACCGGGAAAAUUGUUAUUGCCGCCAGGAAUUAAUACAAGAUUUUAAGAUGACAUUAAGAACAUUUAAUUGUUUUUAUUAUGAAAUAAACUAAAUAUUCGGCAAUAAAUUAGAAAGAAUAAAACGGUGACUUGCUAGAUUGCGAGAAUUCUAUCCUAGCAUUAAUUAAAAUAUUGUUCCGGGUGGAAACGAUGAAAUUAAAACUAAUAGGAGGCGCAGUCAAGUCACACAGUAAAUAAAAGUACGUAACAAAAAUGUAAAUACAUAUUUAAUGUAUAUUAAUUUAAUUUUAAUAUUUAUUGUAUUGUAGAAAUAUAUUUACGGACGUGUUAAUGUUGUUUUAUUAUAUCAAUGACAAGUUACUUAGUUUGAGAAGUGCAUGUUA